AAGUUUAUUUACAGAUCUGCGCUUAGAUACGCAGCAUUCGCGAGCUCAGCUUAGUAGCGAAAAGGGGCUAGAGCGACGACUCAUCCUUGGCUUCAUUCCAAGUCAAGGGUGCUUUUAGGCCUUUAUGACAUCAGCGAAUCGAAAGUCGUAGCCUUGUCAUCAAGAGUCAAGAUAUCCCAUGUAAGGAAAAAACGCCCGCCGGCAACCAAGGAGAUCCUGCAGGCAGAAUCGAUUCGGAACAGGCACGUCGAACAAAUUUCCCAGGCUAUCUAGCUGGGCCUGGUUCAUUGGAGCCCCUUGGCUGCAUGGCUUGGAAUCUGGUUCGGCUUGAACCGUCAUUACUAGCUUCCCUUUCCUGCCUGUCGGGUAGAUGCACUGGGGAUCGAAGAAAGCAGUGAACUUGCCAUCCUUCGCUCGCUUGGAUUCGGAAUGGAGUCGUUCAAAUUCCAAGUUAAACAAGAUCACAUCGGUUUCGCAUGUUAGAGGCUGGAUGAACAGCCCAAUUCGUCGGCGUGCAUCCGGUCAAUGCAAAGGCUGUUAUUAUCAGAUUAUCUGCUUUCGCCUCCCUUACUUCCUGAUCCACCCAGUCCACCCAAAUUUGCUGCAUCCGCAUUACGAUUUAUAUACAUACACAUAUAGAAGUAAGCCCGACACUGCAGCUGCUGAAAAGCUUACGAUGGUGUGGGAAUACUCCUCGCGACGACGCCGUCGAGGUUUCCUGAGGGGAAGCCUGUCGACGUGGUAUCCGUACCCCUUCUUUUCUCCUCACCCCGUAUGCUGGGGCGUGCUGGUAAUCGUCGUUUUGCCACCGGAUGUUCCCCUAUAUAAAUUUUGAGUCUCCUCGCUCUGUCGUGUAACCUCCACGCAAGGUUGCGUACCGUACAUCCCAGGGUUCUUCCUACUUUCCUAAGAUCUAAUCAG